AUGAUAGCCCACAUGCUGGUAUAUAUGGUACUAUGCAUGAAAGUCAUUGAUCUGAGAAAAAUAAACAAAGGAGAGAUAAGCAAUUGAAGGCUGGACAUGUUCAAGAGAGCAAAUAAAGAGAAACUAACCAGGUUUCCAUUCAACCAUUUCAUCCGGAUGAAUUACUGUACCUGACGCAUGGGGCGGCAGGUAGCUUAGUGGUUAAGAGCGUUGUGCCAGUAACCGAAAGGUCACUAGUUCUAAUCCCUGAGCCGACUAGGUGAAAAAUCUGUCGAUGUGCCCUUGAGCAAGGCACUUAACCCUAAUUGCUCCUGUAAGUCGCUCUGGAUAAGAGCGUCUGCUAAAUGACAAAAAAAUAAAUAAAUAAAUAAAUAAAUAAAAAAAAGUAACGACCGGGUUGAUGGAAACAGGAAAUGUCGGCACAAUUUCGUAAAUGUCAACAGACGAUUUGUUUGUUUGACAUGGUGGGAUCUUUUUGUAUUGGUAAGAUUUAUUAUGCGAGAAAUGGUGGUAAAAAACACCUUUUUAAUGCGCAAAUAUUUAUAUAAUAACCAUCAUAUUGAAGUGAACUUGGAGUCACGUGAUGAUAUGUUGUGUGGUCCUCCCACUACGACUUGGAAAAGCAUGCAGUUUAUUAGGCUACAGAUGAAAUAAGUUAUGAACUUGGUAAAAGUGCACAGUGAUGAGUUUGAUGCUCCCCCCUCCCCCUCCCCCGCCAGUUGCCUGUACAGCUGUUGUUUGGGUAGCCUUGAGUCGGUCAUGCGGAGACAGUGUUCUGUCCAUCGGAGUUGGUGGAGGAUGAUUUGGGAUUCUAUGCUUGGGAUGUUGGCCUGGGUCAGGACGCUGGUCAGUCGAUCCUCACACCUGAUGUUCAGUAUUUUCCUCAAGAACUGUUGCUGCCGACGCUCCAGUUUUUGAAGGUGCCUUCUGUAUGUCACGUCUCACAGCCAUAGAGAGGGUUGGGAUUAUGACAGCCUUGUACACUAUGAGUUUCGUGUUGGUACUAAGGUCGUGGUUUUUGGACACCCGCUUUGUCAGUUUUCCAAAGGCUGUGCUGGCGCAGGAUAUCCUGUGCUGUAUUUCUUCCUCAAUGGUGACUCGUUGUGAGAGGUGACUUCCGAGGUAAGCAAAGUGUUCCACGUUGUCAAGUGGUUCACUUCCAACGUGAGUUACUAUCAGAUUUGGUGGUUGUCCUGGGGCAGGCUGGUGGAGCACCUUUUGUUUUCUGUAUGUUCAGGCUCAGUGCCAGACUCUUGUAUGCUUCGGAGACACUUUUGAGGGCAGUUUGGGGGUCUGCUUUGGAGUGUGCGAUAAUGGCACAGUUGUCUGCAUAUUGGAGGUCCUUGACUGUGGUAGUUCUCACUUUGGUUUAGGUGGUAAUCACACAGUCUACACCCUCUUGAACAUUUUCCAAAUGUUGCUGUCUUAAAAUGUAGUCUAAAAGGGGAUUACAUUUUUUUAAAAAUCCUACGUCUGUUGUAGAAGAGAAAAUGUUGCAGUUUUAAAGCAAAUUUCCUGCUAUUCUACACUUUUGCUGUUUUAUAGCUCCCCACUGGGCACAGACUUUAAUUCAACGUCUAUUCCAAGUUGGUUCCACGUAAUUCCAUUGAAAUGAUGUGGAAACAACUUUGAUUCAACCAGUGUGUGCCAGGUGGACCAUAUCAUGCUUUUGUUCACAUUUUGCCAUGAGGCUGAGAGAAAAUGUUGCAGUUUUACAGCUAAUUUCCUGCAAUUCUACAAAUGUUGCUAUCAUAUGCUAUCUGGGGGGCCCCCGACCUGGGGGCCUCCAUAAUUCUUAAAUGGAAGAAGUUUGGAACCACCAAGACUCUUCCAAGAGCUGGCCGCCCGGCCAAACUGAACAAUCGGGGGAGAAGGGCCUUGGUCAGGGAGGUGACCAAGAACCCGAUGGUCACUCUGACAGAGCUCCAGAGUUCCUCUGUUGAGAUGGGACAACCUUCCAGAAGGACAACCAUCUCUGCAGCACUCUACCAAUCAGGCCUUUAUGGUAGAAUGGCCAGACGAAAGCCACUCCUCAGUAAAAGGCCCACUUGGGGUUUGCCAAAAGGCACCUAAAGAACUCUCAGACCAUGAGAAACAAGAUUCUCUGGUCUGAUGAAACCAAGAUUGAACUCUUUAGCCUGAAUGCCAAGCGUCACGUCUGGAGGAAACCUGCAGCAUCAUGCUGUGGGGAUGUUUUUCAGCGGUAGGGACUGGGAGACGGGAAAGAUGAACGGCGCAAAGUGCAGAGAGAUCCUUGAUGAAAACCUGAUCCAGAGCGCUCAGGACCUCAGACUGGGGCGAAGGUUCACCUUCCAACAGAACAAUGACCCUAAGCACAUAGCCAAGACAACACAGGAGUGGCUUCGGGACAAGUCUCUGAAUGUCCUUGAGUGGCCCAGCCAGAGCCCGGACUCGAACAUCUCUGGAGAGACCUGAAAAUAGCUUUGCAGCAACGCUCCCCAUCCAACCUGACAGAGCUUGAGAGGAUCUGCAGAGAAGAAUGGAAGUAACUCCCCAAAUACAGGUGUGCCAAGCUUGUAGCGUUAUACCCAAGAACGGUCGAGGCUGUAAUCGCUGCCAAAGGUACUGAGUAAAGGGUCUGAAUACUUAUGUAAAUGUGGGUAUGAUUGAGUGUGCAAAGCUGUCAUCAAGGCAAAGGGUGCCUACUUUGAAGAAUCUCAAAUGUAAAAUAUAUUUUGAUUUGUUUAACACUUUUUUUAGUUACUACAUGAUUCCAUAUGUGUUAUUUCAUAGUUUUGAUGUCUUCACUAUUAUUCUACAAUGUAGAAAAUAGUAAAAAUAAAGAAAAACCUUUGAAUGAGUAGGUGUGUCCAAACUUUUGACUGGUACUGUAUGUAUGUAUGUAUGUGUGUGUGUGUGUGUGUGUGUGUAUGUAUGUAUGUAUGUAUGUAUGUAUGUAUGUAACACCCUUUUUUCUGAGUCCACAGCACAUUGCCCAUAGCAACAAUCUUCAUGCAAGUCCUAAUUGUAGUGUGCUGGAACAACACAGUGCUUGUGCCUGCUGACACACACACACAGUAUAUGUUGACUUGGCUAUUCACUAAUUGCUACCAUACACCCUGUUUCACUUACCAUUCAACAUCUGUAGGCUGUAGCCUGUUAUAUAGAGACUUCAGUAAGAUAAUCUAAUAGUGACUCAAUCUCUCUCCCUCACAGAGCUGGAUCCCCAAGAUCAUCAAAAAGAGAGUUUGCACCACGUUCAUAGAGGACUCCUUUAGGUACAAUACAGUUACCCAAUGCAACAUGUCCAUGCAAAGCAAAUGUUGUCAGUGUGUCUGUGUUGUCUGUUGACUGUUACGGCUGGUUGUGUGUAUUCAUGUGUAUGUCUUUCUCUCGCUCUCCCUGUCAGCAAUGGUGUGUUGUGUCAGUGUGGGGGUGUGCGGGAGACACACUGCUCCAUCGCUACAGGAGACUAUUUCGGGGCGGCCAUCGUCACCCAGUGGGACAGCUCUCAGCACUCCUCA